AUGCAUAAGUUUGAACCCCCAGAGACUGGGUGGUCAGGGCCGAUACUUUCGAGUUCCCUUGCCUCUUGUUACAUUGUGCGGAAUAUUUCUUUGACUUCAGCCAAGCCAGGAACGACGUCCGUAUUGCAUCUGAAAUGUUUGAAUGAACUGUUCUCUCAUGGCAUCAAGGUGAAAGUAAGGCAACUGGCUUGGAUAUUUGCCCUGAAAUCGCGAGGUCGUUCUCGGAACGCGUUGAGUUGUCACGUUGCAGCCAUGAUGCUCGUUCGGGAGGACUCCAGAGUCUCAUUAGACGUGGGAAACGCUGCUUGA